GAUUCGCAUUGUUUGGUUAAAUAUCCCUGUCCACGAAAGUAAAUAAAAAAUAAAAAAUAUAGAUAACAGACCACGUACAAAACAAUAAUAAAAAAGAUGCUUCUUGUACUUGUUCCACCUUUUACAUCGUGGCGAGGACGGCCACGCCUACGAGCUCAGCCACCGCUCGUGCUAGCCGCUCUGAGGGUCAUCGUCGCGCACCUCGGAUGUCAUCUAGUAUCGCCUUCCCACGGCCAUCUCCGAGGUCAAAACGGAAUCAGAUCGCGAGCAGGAGAACAAGAAGACACGACCGCGGCUGGGGAAGACUCGACUCAGUUGAUGACGAAUGAUCCACACGAGGACACGAUACAGACACAGGCGUUUUUGGAGCUGGACACGUCGGGAGAGGGCCGUUCUACUUCCAUGCUGGAGGAGGGAGAACAAGACCAAGAUGAUCUACUUCUCUACUCGGGAAAAACGUCAACAACAAGAACAGCAUCAGCAGCCCCCGCCGCGAGCUCGACCCUGUUGGAGAUGGAAGUCGGGACCAGAAGUAUGGAAGCGUCAGGAUCCAAAUCGACAAAGUUGAAAUAGAAAUUAUUUGUCAUGCAUAAAAUGCAACCCACAAAGUGCCUGUCUUGCAGCGUAGGCAAGGGAGGCAGAUUGUAAGCCUGCUGAGGGAUAGAAAUAGAGCUGCUAAAGUAGUAUGACAAAAGGCGCCUUCCUUACCCAAACAGCAUUACAAACUGGAUUUAGGCACCACCAAAAUUUGUCAUGCGCCACUUACAAACUGGGUUCCAACUCGCAUCCAUUUUGUGCAUGACAAAUCAUUUCAACUUUGUCGAUUUCAAACCUGACACUUCCAUAAGAAGCAAGCUACCAGAAGGUGGAGCCUUCUCGUUCCGAGUAUGCAAUGCAAAAGCAUCGUACUAGUAUAAAUUGCAUUACAAAUUAGCCCAGCAUUACAAAUUUGAUUUGUAAUGCGGAUUUGCCUUGAGAAAGAGAUUUGUAAUGCAUGAAUGCAAUUACUACGAGUGCGAUACUUUUGCACAGGAUACAGAGAGCCGCUGCGGCCGCACCAAGUGGGACUGAUCGGAGGUAAUCACUCGUUGCGUGGUGUCAAAACGAUCAACGAUCUGGAUUUCUACGACGAGUAUCGCGGUCACAAAAUCGGGCACCUCGAGACUGUGGUCGGCCUCUUCACACAGUGUCACAAGCUGCCGGCAACCAGUCCCAAUUCCUGUCCCGAUACGAGCAUCGUGUUCCUGUUGGGGGAUAGCUCUCUGGACAACAAGCACUGGCUGUAUCCCACGAAAAACGACAAAGGAGAGCCAGACAAAGCCAGCCUGGCCGACGGCUCAUUCACCGCCCCGGCUGUCAACGGCUACGAGAAGGUUGUGGGUGCGAGCGGGCGGAUGGUCAAAGACGUCUGCUACUGGCUCAACCGGAAGUCCGCAGAAUCUUCGAAAUGGUUCAAGCAGAACGAGGAGGACGUGCUGGUGAAAGAGCACCCGUACCCACACCUCCUCUUCGUGAACUCUGCCGUCGAAGAGUCGACGCUUUCCAGCCGCGCAUCGGGGCUGCUUCCCCAGGACAAGUUUGUUUCGAACCACCUCAAGCCGCAGGAUAUUCUCUUGGUCUCCGUGGGGCACAAUGACAUGGCGUUUCUCCACGUGCAGCAAGCGGCGCGGGUCUAUGCAAGAAAAAAACUUUGUAUAGUGUAACUCUGAAAUGCAGAACAUGCAAGAACAGAGUUACGCCUGUCAUGCCAGAUAACCAUGAAGUCCUCUUUUCGUGUGUGUUUUCCCUUACAAGUCACGCAUGACCGGAUUUCUCUGAGAUGUAGAGCAAAUUUGUCAUUACACUUACGCUAACCAAAGAAGGUUACACUAACACAGUUUUUUUCUUGGAUAAGGUCCUGCAAGAGGGCACGACGGAUGAAAAGCUGACCCAGUUGGCGGUCGAAAACUUUUCCCAUAUUUACAAGGAGGACACGGAGCGGUACAUCAACAGUAUUCUCGGGGACUCGACGUGCAAGAUGGUGGUGGUGUGCAUGCUCUACCACCUGGAUGAGAAUGACGAAGCAUUUUCGUGGUGGGAAAGGGGGUUCCAAGCGCUGGGCCUCAUUGGCAACCCGGAGAACAAGCGGCGCAUGAAGGUGGUGCAGCACGCGCUUUUCGAACACGCGUUGAAGCAGCUGCAAAUCCCGAACGCGGAGAAAGUGGUUCCCCUGGAGCUGUCGCGGGCACUGGACGGGACGAACUCGCUGAUGUACGAACAACGUGUUGAGUAUGGCGUUCUCAAAUGUUACGUUCUCAACUGUUAAUACAUGAUUUGUCAUGCAAAACUACAAUCUAUCAGAAUCUGAAUCGGCACGGUCAAGCUGCUUCGCAUGACAGAUUCUUGAAGGGCCAAACAGGCUGAGAAACUGUUCUUCCAAAUCUUCCAUGCGAGACGCGCAAGGUCACCCCGUCCACUUUUUUCAUUCUUGCGUCACAAAUUCAUGUAACAGUUGAGAAUGUAACAGUUGAGAGCGCCAUAUGGAGCCCAGUGUCCUGGGGGGCGAAAAACUGGCGGACUUGAUUCUGGACACCAUCAAGGAAAACUUGUAAACGCCGGAAAAUGUGGUUGACGAUGUACAAACAUGAUUCAGUACCUGAUUUUCAAUGAACAAAAUGAGAUUUUUGAAUGUUCCAAUGUAAAUACGACUCUGCUCCGUCUGCAUGCUUAAAAUUAAUAUAGAUAUACACGACUGCUCGUGCUCGUCGUUCCGCCCUCCGUGAUUUUACCACGCAAGCGCAAGAAUACGAUAGUGCUACCCUCUGUUUAAUUAGCAUCACUGAUUAUUUUCAACAACAUCCUUUCUAGGAACCCAAACUUUUAAAUGUACGAACAACUCGAGCAGAGCGACGACGUUGGCAAAUUGAUUCAUUGACGUUCAAUAAUCUUGCAUCUACCCUUUACCUUGACAAUUGGGCUGCACUUGAUUGUUAAGGCUACUACUCGCACAAAAAUACUCAGAAAUUAUAGAGUGCGGCGAUAUAAUGUAGAAGAAGUAAUUGUUGAACUACUUCGUGGUCGUCUCGUGCAUUUCCAUUUCGUUGCCUUCGAAAGAAAAACAGUGGCUUCGCUUGAGAAGCGUCGCUGACUUCUCUUUAGAAAAGGUCUAGCUUCAGUUGAUGUAGAUUUCUCUCGACGUUAGUAGCAACCUACAACCACGUCACCUAUUGGAACGACGCUGGAUAAAAUAGAAAAUGUAGUUGCAGAAAAACAACGACAGGCAAAUAAAGAGAUUUUGCCGAUCGUCGCUAUUUGACAGACCACACGGACCGCUUGAUGAAUUGCACCAAUUGCAUCAGCAUUCAUCCCGUGCUGCUUCUGCAUAGUUGCUAACGCUAUCCACCUCUUUUUGAGCGAAGCAAAUGUGAAGGCGAUGAAGCCCGCCGCUUUCGCGCACUUCUACUUGUUACGAGGGCCAACUCAAUUCUCAAUUCCACAUGUUGGAGUGGUAUUUUUCGCAGUAAGUACAUUGCGUGAUCUUCUUGAAAAAAGUGGG